CUUCCGGUAGCCUGUUGGCGCAUGUUUUCGCGCCUUUCGAAAGUUCUAGCGCUUGAGUAUGUGCUUUGUGGACUUCUCCCAAGAGUAGUGUCUGCACGUGCACGCAAAUCCUGCGCCUGUGAAUCGUUUCCUUCGCAGUUUCGAGAUUCCCGGCGUCAAAAUCGGCUGACCCGCCCGUGAAUACGAACGGCAUCGGACGGCUGCCAGGUACGCUACGUUUCGGUCAGUUUCGCGUUGCCUGUCGCUCAAAAUGAGCAAGUCCAAAGAAGCGGCGGUCGAAAAAGCGAUUCUCGACUACAUCAAGGCUCAAAACCGACCCUACAGCUCCAACGACAUCUUCAACAACCUCCACAAGGAGCACGGAAAGACGGCCGUAGUGCGUGCGCUCGAGCAACUCGCCCAGGACGAGAAGAUCAAAGAGAAGACCUACGGAAAGCAGAAGAUAUACUUCGCCAACCAGGAUGAAUUUCCCGACGUGGCCGAGGCCGAGCUGUCAGCCAUGGACCAAGAGAUCGCAGACCUUAACACCAAAAAGGAAGAACUUGCGCGACAGCUGCAGGCUCGAGAAUCGCAGCUGAACGCGCUGAGCCACAGCUUGACGACGGAGGAACUCGCCGAAAAGAUCGAGACCACUUCCGCGGAACGGGACAGGUUGAGAGCGAGACUCGAUAAACUUACCUCCAACACCAACUUCGUCGAGCCACAAGUUAAGGACCGCAUCCUCAAGGACAACGAGAAGUUCGUCAAGGAAUGGCGAAAGAGAAAGCGCUUGGCGACCGACAUCAUCGAUGCCAUUCUCGAAGGCUACCCGAAAGGGAAAAAAGCACUCCUUGAAGAAACUGGCGUCGAGACAGACGAGGAUGUCAAUGUGACCAUGCCAAAGUAGAGGAGAAACGCGUAUGCACUGUUAGAAGUUUUUCAUUCAGUAUUUAUUUCACGUUGUGUACCAGGAUGCUUUCAAGUAAAAGACGCAAUUCGUGCUCACAAA